AUGGUAAUCACUUUGUGGAGUGGUAAAGAGCUUCAAGGAGAACCUCUCAUGGCAACAAAGGAGAUAAAUGCUGAUAUGUUGACCCAAAAGGAAAAAGUUGUUGAACCAGAUAAGAAGAAGACGCUACCACUGCCCUUCCCUCAAAAGUACAUAAAAGCGAAGGAGGAUGCAUUGUUCAAAAAGUUCAUUGACACAUUCAAAAAGUUGCAUAGCAAUCUACCUUUACUAGAUGUUCUGCAGAGUAUGCCUAAGUAUGCAAAGUACUUGAGGGAUAUAGUGGCGAAGAAGGUGAAAUUGCAAUAUGUGCGAGCUAUAACACUUACUGAAGAGUGUAGUGCGGUAAUGACACAGAAAAUUCCCAAGAAAUUAAAAUAUCAGGGGAAUUUUUCCAUCCCUAUUCAAAUUGGAAGUAAAGAGGUCCAUGCAUUGAGUGAUUUAGGGGCAAGUAUAAAUUUGAUGCCCCUAUCUCUGUUUGAAAAAUUGGGCUUGGUAAAGCCUAGAUCGACCAUCAUGGUUUUGCAGCUAGUAGAUGGUUCCAUGGCAUAUUCGAAAGAAAUAAUUGAGGAUGUCCUUAUAGAGGUUGAUAAAUUUAUUAUUCCUACUGAAUUUUUGGUUCUUGAUUUUGUAGCAGGCGAACAAGUACCAAUUAUUUUGGGACGUCCAUUCUUAGCGAUCGGAGGUGCUUUGAUUGAUGUUAGAGAAGGCAAACUUAAGAUGAGGGCAGAUGAUGAAGAGGUGGUAUUAUAUGUUUACAAGGCCUCCAUUGAAAAUCCCUUAUAUAAAGAUUUAUGCAUGAUCAUUGUGAUGGAAAGGGAUGAGUGUGGGAUGCCUAAGCUACUAAAGACCUCUUCCGACUACCUGGUUGAGAGGCCUAAUAUGAAACCACCAAUUUUCAACAUGUUAAAAGAUAAAAGAGGUUUGAAACGAAUGAAAAAUUGGCUCCCAAAAGAGAUUAAAAGGAUGAAGAAAUAUGGUUGA